UUCGUGUCUGUGCGGGUCCCGUGACAAAUUUCAUUGGAACUUUCUACGUCCAGGAAAGGCUGAUGUUUCCUGCUACUCACAUUCGUCUGGCGCUCAAUUGCGGCGACAAAAUACACAUCUAGGUCCAGAUUUGGGGAGCUGUGGUCCCAACUCCAGCGGUAAAAUGUUAGCUGUGCCGGCAGUCUAAAUGCUGCUGAGCGGAACAUUCCUACUGGAAGGGCGAAAGUGGAUGAAGACACCAUCAAAAUACUGUAAGUGAACCAGCAUGGAGUUUGGCCGCUCGUCUACUUGAAGCCUUACCCAGGGGAACUCGUUGCAUUCUGACUUUGCACCUUUGAAUCUCGACAGACCCUAAUGAUGGAGGAGCAAUCCAGGUUCCCCAAUGUCAGCAUACCCUGCCACAAUGAGCAGAGAGACAAAAAGAAGCGCUACACAGUUUACAAAGUCAUGGUAUUAGUGGGGCAACAGGAGUGGUUUGUCUUCAGGCGGUAUGCAGAGUUCGAUAAGCUCUACAACACAUUAAAAAAACAGUUUCCAUCGAUGAACUUGAAAAUACCAGCAAAGAGGAUAUUUGGAGACAAUUUUGACCCAGAGUUCAUCAAACAAAGGAGAGCAGGGCUGCAUGAGUUCAUAAAGCGAAUUGUUUCACAUCAACAGCUUUGCAACCAUCCAGAUGUGAGGACUUUUCUACUGAUGGACAAAAUGCAACACUUUUCAGAUGCCUCGGAGGAUGAGGAUGACAAAAACAGUUCUACCUCCAGAAACAUUAACUUGGGUCCCUCUGGAAAUCCACAGGCCAAGCCUACAGACUUUGAUUUCUUAAAAGUCAUUGGAAAAGGGAGUUUUGGAAAGGUUUUCCUUGCGAAACGAAAACAUGAUGGAAAGUAUUACGCAGUCAAGGUUUUACAGAAAAAGAUCAUUCUCAAUAGAAAAGAGCAAAAACACAUCAUGGCAGAACGCAACGUGCUGCUGAAGAAUGUGAAACAUCCCUUCCUAGUUGGGCUUCACUAUUCUUUCCAGACCACAGACAAGUUAUACUUUGUCUUGGAUUUCAUCAAUGGAGGAGAACUUUUUUUCCAUCUUCAAAAAGAACGGACCUUUCCAGAACCCAGAGCAAAGUUCUACAUUGCAGAAAUGGCAAGUGCGCUGGGAUACCUGCAUUGUCUCAAUAUUGUUUACAGAGACUUGAAGCCAGAAAAUAUCCUUCUUGAUCAUGAAGGACAUAUCGUCCUGACUGACUUUGGAUUGUGCAAGGAGGGCAUUUCCCAGACGGAUACCACAUCCACAUUUUGUGGAACUCCUGAGUACUUGGCUCCAGAGGUCCUGAGGAAGCAGCCAUACGAUAAUACAGUGGAUUGGUGGUGUCUAGGAUCAGUGCUGUAUGAAAUGCUCUUUGGCUUGCCGCCAUUCUAUAGCAGGGACACACAUGAGAUGUAUGACAACAUUCUUCACAAACCCCUGGCGAUGCGCCCUGGUGCAUCCAGUACAGCCUGGUGUCUCCUCCAAGGCCUGUUGGAGAAAGACGGCACACGCAGGCUGGGUUCCAGAGAUGACUUUAUUGAAAUCAGAUCACACAGCUUUUUCUCUUCUAUCAACUGGGAUGAUUUGGAACAGAAGAAAAUCCCUCCCCCUUUCAAACCCAAUGUGAGCUCUUUUAGUGAUAUCUCAAACUUUGAUCCUGAGUUCACGGAGGAGAUGGUCCCCAAUUCUAUCUGCUGGGCUCAAGAACAUUCCAUCGUCAACGCCAGUGUUAUGGAGGCCGACGACGCCUUCGUGGGCUUCUCAUAUGCUCCACCUUCUGAUGACUCUUUCCUAUGAAAUUUUCCCGAAGAGGUCUAAAGAUGCCUUAACCAUUGUAACAUUUUUCAAUUAAAGGGAAAGGGUUUUUCGAUGGGUUAACUUGUUCUAUGAAGCCAAAGCGAUCAGCAAAGAAACUGCACUUAAAACAGAUUUCAACGGGGCGUUUGUCUUUAUAUUUUACCUGUUUGUAUUUAUAUAAAUAUAUAUAUAUAUAACAGAAGCUAUUUUUAGAAUUAAGGCCACCUGCUCUUUAUUAAUGUAAUUUCUGAAAUGAGCCUUUACAAAGCCUUAAAUUUAUUCCAGAAAUUAAAUGUGUCAGCAGUUGUGUAAAAAAACUUGAACAGUUCACUGGACUUAAAAAGGCAUUUUGUUUGUCCAUGCAGUUACUGUAAAAAGAGACGUGCACCGUUCGUUCUAACAAAGCUGGAUGUAGGCAUUACUUGAGAGACCACUGCGUAAAAUAUUUUGGUUUAUUGGUCAAAAAAAGACUAUACUUAUACAAUUACUUUCACGAUAAAUGCUGAUUAAUUUUCUUUUCUCUUUUUUUUUUACUAUUAGGUUAUUUUGUGUUUACAUGUUGCUUUUCACUUCAAUACAUUUGUUCAUUUUAAAUGAAAGAUCCACAUUUUCUUCAACUGGCAGUAAAGUAGACCUGUACUCCUGCACUAGAAUAUUAAUAAUUAAAAAAAAGUCAAAGAAA